AUGCCUCCUCGUGCCUGCCGCGCCAAGGAGGAUUUGCACAAUGACUUGUUGCGUAUGGAGGCGCGCAUGAAUGAGGUGACGCAUGCCGUGGGUGACCGAGAAGAGGAGAUGAUGAAGGCGAAGGAAGUGAACGAGGCCAAACUGGAGAGGCUGAAGGCGAAGUACUUGAAGGCGAUGGACCACCUGGAGUUCCUCGAGGCCGUACAGAGAGAGCACGACGCCUUGUGCGAGAAGUAUGGCGCGCUUGAGCUGGAGCACGCCGGGCUCCAAAAGCGGCUGGCGCAGGUCCAGGAAAUGCUCGACGCUGGCCGCGAAUUGAAUGGCCGCGACACGGCCGAGACGUCCGAGAGCCUCAAGACGGACAACCACCGACUUAAGAAGGAGCGUAACGUGCUCAAGGCCCAGCUAGAGCAAGCCGGGACCGAACUGGAACUGGCUCGUAGUGAGCUACAACGGCUCGUGGCUGAGCUGGAGACGGCCAAUAGUGAGCUGGAACGUCUCCGAAACGACCACCAGAAUCAACUCGAAGACCUGAAUACGGACGCGGAAACACUCAGGAAGGAGAUCAAUGGACUAAGGGAGGAAACCCGGUCGCUUAGGGAAGAGGCCAAUGGACUAAGGGAGGAGAACGACGAGCUGAGGUCCGCUCUCACUGAAUCUAAAACCAAGCUCCAAGACGUCACAGACGAACUCAGCCGCACCAAAAGCGAGCUCAAACAAAGCAAGGACCAGCUGUCCAAACUCAGUGCCGAAUACCAAAAUAAAGUCUCCGAAAUAAAGGGAAUCACUAAGGCUCUGCAAGACCCACCAGGAGACGGGAAGAUGCACAUUCACAUUCAUCAUCAUGAGCACCAACAUGUGCAUAACCACGACCAUAAACACUUCUACAAUGUGAAGGACAAGAGCAGCGUGGAGGACUUGUGCCGGUCCCCUACGGUGACGGGCAGGAUGUCGUACAUGACUGGAAAGGACUUGUUGUUGCUGCCAAAUGGCGCAACGUACCACCUAGGUGUGAAGGCCGGUGAGUUGGCGCCCCGUAUAAUCGUGGUGGGUGCGAAGAAGAGGGCUGAGGAGAUGUCCAAGUUGCUUGACAAGAUCGACACGGUGGUGGCGUCGGACCGGUUGAUGUUUACUUACACGGGGACGUACAAGGGUGUGGCUGUAUCGAUUGUGGCAAUUGGCAUGGGGGCUCCGAUGAUGGACUUCUUUGUGCGUGAAUCCAGCUUCGUGUGUCCCGGUCCGAUGGCUGUGAUUCGCGUGGGAACUUGUGGGUUGUUCAACCCGUCUCUUCCGCCUGGCACGAUUGUCGUGGCCGGGAAGGGCUCUACUCUGACUUACAUCAACCAGGCUGGCUUCACGGACGGCUUGAUUGACGGAACCAAAACGUCGCCAAGUCAACUCUACUACGUGACCAAGCCGGUGCUGCCGGAUCAAGCCCUGAGCGACAGGCUCUUGGCUGAGAUGAAGAAACUCGACUUGAAUGCCGUGAACGGGCUCAACAACGCGUCCGACACCUUCUUCGCCACCCAAGGCCGCCAGGACAGCCACUUCUACAACGGAGACAACAAAAAUAUACUCGAGGAAUUCGCCACACACGGAGUCGACUCCUGCGAAAUGGAGGCAUUCACCCUCUUCCAACUCGCCAGACAAAGAACUGUCGCUCCCCUGAAGGUCGCCGCGGCCCACAUCGGCAUACUCAGCAGAGUCAACCCUGCAAUGACGGAGAACAUCUCCACCAACCAACUACACGAAAAUGAAAGACUCUGCGGCAAAGCGGCUCUCGAAGCACUCAUAGCUACCGAGCUUUGA